GAGCGGCCAAUGACGGGGCGUGUUACAUCGCGGCUCGGCCAGUGCACUGUGUGAGGCAGGGGAGGGAGCGGCCCACACUUUCUCUGUCUUGUGGUGCCCUCUUUUAAUGACAAUUCGUGAUCUAGAGUCCUCCACGUUUGUCAGAAAGUGCUGCUGACCAUGGAUGUACUGGUGCUUGGUGCUGUUGUGGUGGUGUUGACAGUUGUGGUCUAUUUACUCGCCACUUUGGGCACAAAAGAAACCCCUUAUGAAGAAGCUCUUGCCGAACAACGUCAGAAGCAGGAACAGGAACAGAUUGCGCUAGCAAAGACUGACAGGCAACAAAAGUACAAAAAUACCAAGCAAAAGAAGCCAAAGGUCAGGAAGGAUGACUUUGAGCAGAAUGGACCAGCAUCGGCAACAAAAGUAGAGGAGGUAAUUACAGAGCCGGACACCACGCCACCUUCUACAGAACCCGAGGCUUCUCCCCAACCCCAGCAGGAAAAGAAGAAGAAAAAGAAGAAAGACAAGGAGGAUGAUGAAACUCCUCGUAAGAUCAUUGUAGAGGAGGUAACUGAAACUAUUGUGACAAAGGCUGAAGCUGUGAAAGUAGAAGCUGCAAAGGGGAAGUCCUCUAAGCCAGAAGCAGCCAAGUCCUCACAGGCCAAGGCUGAAAGCCCGAAGGCUGAUGCUGUGAAGGUGGAGUCUUCUAAAGGAAAGACUUCCAAGGUAGAGGCAUCCAAGUCAGAGCAAGCCAAGGCUGAAAGCCCAAAGGCUGAAGUUGGAAAGUCAAAGGCUGCCAAGGCAGAGGCUGCAAAGACUGAAACUUCUAAGACCGAAGCUGCCAAGGCUGAACUAGCCAAAGGAAAGGCAGCAAAGGCUGAUGUGGGAAAAGCUGAAGCAGCAAAGAUCACCAAGGCCAAGGAGACCAAGACAGAGGCAGCCAAGACAGAGGCAGCAAAGACCAAGGCCGCUCCAGAAUCCACCCCUCCUCCUCAGGGAAAAGAAAAUAAGAAGGAAAAGGUUGUAACGCCUGUAACCCGCCCUAAGGCUGAAGAUAAUUUUGAGGUUGUAGAUGGGACUUUGAACUCAACAGGAAAGGCUACACCAACUCAAGAGAAGAAGAAGAAAAAAGAGAAACAGAAGACUGAUAUUCCUGGUCCAAAAGAGAGCAGAAUUCUGCCCCUUGUGCAAGAUGCUCACCUGAGCAGUGGAGAGAUUCAAACUCUGAUUGAUAUCCUGCUGAACAAGCAGCAGCAGAACAAUGCUGGUGGUGAAUGGGUCGAGAAGGGACGUGUUGAUCCCACAACUCAGCUCCGGCGACAGUUGGAGGAAGUGGAAACCCGCUUGAGGGAGAAGGAUGAAGCUCACUCUGCACUGUCGGCCAAGAUUACUGCCCUCCGUACGGAGCUGAAUUGUGAGCGUUCUCGUGCAGUGAAGCUGAAGGCUCAAUUGGAUGACACUGUUGCAAGUCACUCACGUGAACUUGAGAAUGCAAAUGCAAAUGCCCAGUCAUCUCAGAAUGCACGUCUGAAUGAAGUGAAGGCAGCUCUAGAGAAGGAAUACCAGACUAAAAUGCAACAGCAACAAAAGAUUUUACAGCAGUUGCAGAGCACGAAUAAUGAAUCAGAAAUUGCAACACUGCGAGCUUCCCUCAGCGAGUCAGAAAUGCAGACGGCUGUGCUGAGACAAGAGCAUGAAGAAUUAACAAGGAGAUGCCAGCAGUAUGAAGAGCACAUUGCUGCUCUUGAUGAAAAGAGAGCAGGUGAAAAUGCCAGUAGAAUUACACAAAUCACAGAGCUGCAGGCACAUCUUGCAAGUGCUGAUGCCCAGAGAGCCCAAGCCUUGGCAGAGGCAUCUGCUGCAAGUGCUGAGCGAGAAGCUCUUAAUGUGCAACUAGCAAAUGAAACCUCAAAAACUGCACAAACACAGCACAAACUUCAGGAAUCAGCACAGGAGAAAACAAAGGUGGAGUCGCGAUUAGCCCAAAUAGAGGGUGAACUUUGUAGUGUACGACAGGUGGUGUUAGACCAGACUGCAGAAAUUGAACGCUUAAAAGAGGAAAAGGAGUCUUUGGCAUCUCAGAGUGUCCGUCCAGCAGCUGAGGGUCAAGAAAAUGGUGAUGUUCAUGCAGAGCAAACCCAAGGCCCAUCCACCGCCCACUUAGAAUCAUUAGUUAAGGAAAGAGAGAUCCAAAUAGAACAACAAAUAAGUGAGGUAUCAAACCUGAAGAAGGAAAUUGCAAGAUUAAAAGAAGAACUGGAUAAUCAGAAAGCAAAGAACAAUGAGUUACGAGAAAAGAACCACAAAGUCCUGGAGGCCUUAACAAGCACAGAGGAAAAAUUGAUGGCUAGACUCAAGCAGGUGGAUGAGGCAUCUGGCGAGGUGGAAGAGGAGAAGACGAAGGUUCGUGCCGUCCUUAGAAGAAUUUUCCCUGAGGUUGUUGUAGAUGACGCAUUGGCCCUUCCUGUUAGGAAAAAGACGUACCAGGACCAAGGUGCAUUCCUUAGUGAGUUCGAGACGAAGGCAUUACAAGUAAUUACUCAGUCGUCUCAGACACCACAGCCAGAGGUUGUGGAGAAAGUUGUAGAAAAGGUUGUUGAAGUUGAAAAGGUUGUAGAGAAGGUAGUUGAGGUAAAGGUUGAAGACCCAGAACUCAAGUCUCAGGUUGAGAAACUUGCCAAGGAAAAUGCUCAGCUUAAGUCUCAGGUUGAAGAUCUUAAGAGAUCGUCAUCUGCCAGUGAUAGCAAGAGAGUUAGUGAGCUGGAACAAGAAGUCCAAGCAGUCAAUGAGAAAGUUGUCCAUUAUCAGACUGUUCUUGCAGAUACCGAGAAUUUACUCAAAUCAUUAGAGGCUUCUGUUGAGUCAGAGGAAGUGACCUGGAAUAAAAGGUUGUCAGAGAAAGACCAAGACUUGCGUCAACUAACGGCUGACAAAGCUAACCUCCAGCUGCAGGUGAAACAGCUAGAAGGCACCUUAGACAAGGUCAAGCAGGCAGAAGAGAUGCAGUCUCAAUUGAAGGAACUGCAGGAGCAGCUACAGAAGGAAGAAAAGGAAAAGGCAGCUCUUCAGGAGGAGCUGCUGAAGGCCCAGGAGCAGCUCACACAGACCGCUACCAAGGGCAGCGGUGAUGUUGAUGUGGGCUUGCUGGAGCUGCGUGCAGACAACGACAAGCUUCGAACACUAGUCAGUGUUGGGCAGGAUGCCAGCCGGCAACAGGAACAGCUCAUCGAGGAGCUAAGGACGGAACUAGCCUCUGUCAAGGCAGCCCUGGCCGCUAGCCGUGUGAGUAAAAUGGGCUACAUGGUUGGUUGGGUGGGACGCAACAGCAACAACACCACCACCACCAACAUCAUCAACAACAACAACCCUGUGGAACAGCAGAAUGCAAGUAUGAAUGGACCAGCCAGUGAGGAACAGUGUCAAGAGGACAACACCUCGCGUGCCGACACCGCCAGUCUGAUGUCCGCUUCCUCUGCCUCAGUCACAGACACUAACCUUUCUCAGGAUCAGUCAGGAGCAACGGCAAAAAAAGCUAAAAAGAAGCGAAAGUUUUCUUUGCGAGGUUCCCCUCGUAAAGCUAGUAAGUCUCCCAGCAGACGUACCAGUAGGGAAGGAACAAUUGUCAGAGCCGUUGAUAAAAAAGCAGGGUGCUGGGGCUAAGCAGUGAAAAAUAAUAGGAGGUACAAGAAGCAGCCACAACUUGCAAGAGUUUCACUGACAUUGUCUAUCGUCCAACCUUGGCCACAGUGUUGGAGGUCCACAGCCAGAGCAGCUGAAUGCCAUGAAGACUUUUGCUAUUAAGAUGUAUUUUAUACAAAUAUUCUUUUGUAGAAUGUCCUGGAAAUUGAAGCUUCAUGGGAGAUAGCUGUUAUAAGUGAGGACCAUUUAUCUAAAAAAAAAAAAAAAUUGUUUUCUGAAUUUUCUCUGUAUGAAUUUGAACAAGUUUGUUAGUUGUAAGUGUUCAACUUGCAUGUAUGCUUUGUAAGAAAUUUUGAAAGAUUCGCUCGAAGAUUAUUAGCUAAUUGUUUGAUAGGCUUUGUUCAUCAGAAUUGUAAACUUUGUUUUGGUUAUUCUGAGUAACAAGACUGUUAAAUUGAAAUGAGUUGUGAAGCCAAAAGGUUUGCUCAGUUUUUGGUGGCAGUUAUAAAGUGCAAUGUUGUCAGUGACAGUGAAGUCUUGCAGGUCAUCGUCUUUGAACCAUCAGUGUGAUGCAGACGGUUGUUGAGACUUGCUCAUUUAGGAAAGUGUUUUUCUAUUCGUGCUUUUACAUUUGUGAUUGGUUCUUUGUUAUUAUCAGAAGUCGUCUUCUAUGAUGUAAAAGUGAAAACCAAGAGGUUUGACAGCAAGUUCUGAUCACCUGUGGUGUUGUGGGUGCACUUUUUCUUUUUUUAGUUUCCAUUGCUGCAAAGGGUUAGGGGCAUUGCCAAGCAUUGUAUUUUUUGUUUACUAUUGGAGAGAUUCACUCUUGUGUUUAUAACGUAUUUUACACUUGAUGCAGCAAGAGCAAUCUUAAGUUAAAAAUACAAAGUUCAUUCCAGUGAUGAUUAAUCCCCUCUUUUUGAAAGGGCUAUAUUUUUUCUCCACUUGGACAGUGAAGUAAUGUACCAUGCACAGGACUAAUAGUAUAGUUUAAUAUGUAUUCUAGCUUUUCAUAUGUUCAGACGAUCUUGAUAUUCUUCAAAGAAUUGAUAAUUUAAUAUGGACGUGUUGCAGAUAAAAAUGGUAUCUGCACUUUUUUUUUUCUCUCUUUUUUUUUUCUUAGUUUACACAGCAGUGGUACAUAUUUUACUGACCAGUUUUGUAUAACUAAAUGGAAAACUAUUCCAGUAGGCCAUUAGGACACUUCCCAAGUUUCCAGUCCAUUCUGGGUGGGCUUGCUUAUGUCUUCUGGCGCCUCACGUCGGCAUAUCCUUUACUGUGGUAAUAAUCCCCAUAGACCAAGAUUUACUAUUACUAUUGUUUUGUACGGUGCAAGGAGCCAAGAACACAAGUGUGGCAGUUAGUGUGGUUGUCCUUGGGGCGGGUAGCACGGGUCGGGACCAGGAAAAACAAAUAGCAGGUCGUAGGGGGAUCAAAGGGCAAUCUGGUGCUUAUUCUUUCCCAACAGGCAGAUGACCUGAGCCUGGAUGCUCUUGUGGGUUGGGGUUGUAAUGAUAACACCUUCGAGGAUGUAGGUCCUUCUUUUUUUGUCUUUGUAUUUGUGCUGAGGUGAAUCUAUUUGACAUGGCAUUACAUCCUCCAACUCUGAAAGAUUGCAGUCUAGACUGAUAGGGGUUGCCUAUUCCACAUCUGAACACAUUCUAUUCUUUUUAUAAUUAUUUUUUGAAUCUGUAAUUCCAAGGGUAUACGGUGAUUUUAAGGUGUGGUUUGUCAAACUGCUUGUGAUGGGGCUAUUAUACAUAUGCUAAAUAGCCCCAGUUAUAUCUAUAGAAUAGUCACCCAAGAAUUAAAUCAUAGCCAGUAGGUAUUACUGAUUAGUAUAAAUGCUUUACAAGAUCAAAGUGGUGUUUAAAAUUGGUGCCCAUGUGCUGCCCAGCCUGGCGUGUGAGAUUGUUACCUGGUGAGAUUGGACCUGGUAUUCAAACACAAAUACAUGGUUUAUCAGUA